AGAACGCGCCAGUAAUCAAAACAGAAACAAACGCACACGUCUCCAGGUAUAACUCGCGAUUGUAUUCCAGUUCGGUGACAGCGUCGCGAGAGGCAGGAACGAAAAAAUGCACUCGACGUAAAAACGAUUUGUCGUGCGAUUGCCGAUUACUACUGACGUGCGACGUAUAGCGUAAAGGGCCAAUUAACAUUUCAUUCAUUGCGCGCCGAUUGCAUGCCAGCAGACAACCACAACCGCCAACAAAAUAAUAAACAUAAAUAGUUUGCGAUUGUUUCGACGUGUUCAACAUGUGCGCCGGGGGCAUCAGAGCGUCGUCGACAACGACAAACUCGUUGGGUUUGUUUAGUCUAUUAAACUUACCGCGUGGUUUACUAGUGUUGUUAAUGUUGCAUCUUUUUAUUGGAUACCGUGAGAUCCACGCCUCCAACCUCGUCCAAAUCAACGCCACCUUCGACACGAGAACAAUCAAAUCCGGUCCAAUUUUCUUCUACGACAAACGCACCAUAUUCAUAUCGAUGUUUGAGUACUCGCAUCACGCAUUCGAUAACAUGUCGAAACACCGAAGAUGGUUCAAAGUAACCGCCGCCAAUGGCACUCAAAUCGACAUGUAUUUCAUACAAGAUAUCGACGCCAAUCAAACACCAGCGGAAUUGACGCGCGAUUAUCAAAGCGAAAAUAUUUAUCUGCGUAUUGACGAAUCUCAGCACGACAUUACACGCUUUGCUUCGCUUGUAAUUGUGGGCAGGUCGGAUGAGAUUGUCGCUUCGGUUGAUAUCACCUAUGCUAAUGAUACAAUCAUUGAUGGCAUUGAACAACGCACAACUAAUACAAAUCCCAUGUUCCAGGGCGGGUUAUUUGUAUUUCGAUAUCCAAAGUGUUGUCCGUCUGGAAUGUAUGCAGGUAGCGAGGGAUGUGUACCAAUGGAAAGAGAUCCUUCGUCGAGGAUUCCAAUACAUGAAAAAAAGGAAGAAUAUUUUAAUAAUGAAUCGAUGAAAAACUUACUUUACGAACCGUAUUUUCAUCGACCUGAAUGUGAUGAUAUGUUUAUCUUGGAUCCAAGUGAUGAAGUGUAUAUGCUGUCUACUGGACAAUUAAUCUCUGCAUUACCACAUUUUGCAUGUCUCGAUUUUAUUGAGGAUGAAGAGGGCUAUAUGCACGAACAAAUUUUUAUGUGUGCUGAAAAUAAUAUUAACGCUGAGUUGAAGAAUACAAUUUAUGUUGGACUGAUGUAUUUUUCUGCGGCAAUGUUACUUGUCUGGGCACUUGUAUUAACGAUAAUGUUGUGCAAUGGUGCAUUAUCAGUAAAAACAAUUAUUGUCCUAUCGAUUCUGUAUUCAGUAUUUUAUUCAUUGCACUUCAUCACACUUGCAACGGCAAGAGAAAUUGGAGUUGUUUCUGAUACCUGUAAAAUAAUGGGAUAUAUUUAUCAGUUUUUGUUGUUGGCAUCUUUCACGUCUUUGUUUGCGUUGAUUUUCGAAGGGUUUUAUCGUGUUAAACAUUAUAACAAAGAGCAUUCAAGGAGUCGCAUGUAUUUCUAUAUUGGAUUCUGCGCGGUGCCAAUAAUUACAACAUUAGUAUCAAUAUUUACCAAUGAAUUGACAUUAUCUACAACGAGUAAAAUACAACGUGAUAGUGCCUGCUGGUUUAGAUCGGAUAGAAAAGUUUAUUCUUACUACGUACCAAUCAUAUGUAUCAUUUUCUGCUGUAUGAUGAUACAGAUAAAAACUUAUUUCGACAUUCGUGAAAAUCAUCGAAAAGCCCCUGCGCUGUUUUUGUUAGAGGAGCGUAAAUUUAAAAAUAUGUUUCGUUUGGGCGCUUAUCUUAACGGUAUCAUGACUUUUUGUUGGAGUAUGGAGGUUGCUGCAUAUUACCUUGAAGCGCAGAAUAAUUUCUGGUUCGUCGUUGAUGCGUUCAAUUCAAUGCAAGGUUUUGCUAUCUUCUGCGCGUUUUCUUAUCACUAUUGUAUGGUGUGGAAGAAAUUGUUUACGUGCUCGACGCAGAAAAUACGCGCUCGUAGCAAUCGCAGCAGUUCGCUCUCGGAGUGGAAUAUGCGCGAAUUGGAUCCAUUAAAAUAGCAAUGUGUCUAUUUCAUUUAAAUUAUUUAGUAGUUUAUAGUAAUUGUGAUAAUUUAUUUAUUCUUUUGUAAUUUUAUAUGUGAUUGCAAUGUCUGAGUGGAAGUAUAAUUUCUGUGUAUUGUGUUCUUCAGUAAUUAUUUAAUAAAAAUGUUCAAAUCUUUUAAGA